AUGGGAUGUGCGCCAUCCGGCCCUCAGGAGUCCGCUCAAAAUUUGGACGAGCGUUUUGCCGCUCCACCACCGUUGGCAGUGAAUAUCGGUAAUGGUGUGAGAAGAGGAGAUGAUUUUCAACAUCACAUCAUAUUUAUUUUUGGUGGCCCAGGAUCGCAAAAAGGCCUAGUGAUCGAGGAGUUAAUUCAUCGAUUUGGAUUCGUCUCCAUAAACGUCGAAGAUAUCAUUUUUAGUUAUUUGCCGAGUAAGCUCGCCAAUACUGUGGAGACUACUGCUGAAAUUCAAAAGAUGCUCAAGAAUGACACGGGUACACUGUCAGUUGACUGGAUAUUCUCUAUGAUUAGUGCUAAACUGGGUACGUCGCCGCAUCAACGUUUUGUUGUAGAUAUUGUUCCAACGUUAAGUUCGAUUUCAAGGGCGGAUAGCUUCGUCGAUUCGAAUCACGAGAGGUGUUUGGAGAAUUUCGAGAGAAGAUAUCCUGUUAUGUUCGCACUGGAGUUGGACGUGUGCGAUGAGGUUGCUCUUCUCGAUCGAAAUGGAAACGUUUCGAAAGAUCAUAAAGAUUCAAAUAAGAAAGGGAGCCAAAACAAUCAAUAUGGCAAGGAUAUCGACACCGCCGACAGAGGAAAAUUAGAGAAACGAAUACAACAACAUCAUAUAUGCUCGCGACCAUUCAUCCAGUACUUCGCAAGCUCAAAACGAAUGGUUCGAGUAAGCGUUCCGGAAUCAGCAACAAACGUCGUCUCGACAGUCGCCUCAAUCCUCUCCGAUUUUGGAUUUACGGAGCAACGAGCGCCCACACGAGUCGUUGUUUUUGCAACAGAUGACGAGUCGUUCGACGACAUUGACUUCGACUACUAUAACAUGCGGAAAAUACGACUUAGUGACAUCGUCAGGGAUCACCAUGCGUCGAUGGACGUCCAAGUAUGUGCGUUGCACCGCUAUAUCACGAAAAUAAGUGGUAACGAUGAAAACUUCGCUGUGGUGAUGGACACUAUGAAUAACACAAAUAUUAACCAUCGACGGACCAUACAUUUUUAUGAGGAAACUUCCGCGUAUCUGGACGAAUUCAUUAAGAAAAGAGCUAGCAGACGACCGCUUGCACGAGUGCGCUUAACUAUGAACACAAUCACCUCCACACAUCGGGACACGCUGCUAUUUCUCGAUCAUUUUCCUCGAAAUUUAGCCUUAAAGAUUGGACUUCUUUUCGAUGAAGAGGUAAGGUUUCGAUAA